UGCUUCAGUAUUAAUUUGUAGCUUGUCGCGUUCAGUGGUUGUGGCCGCAUGAGUUGGUCGUUGUGUCCUCACCUCGUGUGUGUUCCGCGUUGCUUGCCACAGUCAAUACAAACAAACAUACCACCAUUUUAAGCACAUAUCCUGACACUGCCUGUCACCAAGGUCCAUAUAUCUAUAUACGUAUAUCUACACAGCCCAAUAACGUCCCAAAGGAUGAGCAGCAAGGUGAAUUUUAGCUUCGAUAGUAUCUUGGGCGUCUACUAUGCUGGCCAGGUAGUAUCCGGCACAGCAGAGCUUAUCACAGAGCGCCCAAAAACCAUACGCUCUAUAUAUAUAACCGUGAAUGGUUUUGUGGAGACGCGCUGGCAGGAAAGCGUCGAAAAACCCGGUGCCGAUGGCAAACUAGUUAAAACUCUAGAAACGCACACCGCCACUGAGAUUUACUAUAGCAGCGAUAAGUAUGUGUAUGGACAGAGCGGUGGGUCGCAGCUUGAGCUGCCCCAGGGCAAGUAUGUGUUCCCCUUUCAAACCACCAUACCGCCCCAGGCGCCCACAUCUUUUAACGGCACGCAUGGACAGGUAAAGCACGAGGUGACCUUGACUAUAGAUCGAGCCGUGCGAUAUAAUAAUACAUUCAAACAAUGCUUUACGGUUAUACUGCCGAACGAUUUGAAUGUGAAGCGGGAGCAUUUGCAACCCCUGAAGCGUAUUGAGGAGAAAACCUUUUGGUGGGGCUCAAUAUUCGGCGGUAAUAAGCCAAUGGUCAUGGAUGUGAGCACCUCCUACGGCGCCUAUGUGCCUGGCCAGAAAAUACAGUUUCACAUUGUGCUAGACAAUCAGUCAGAUGUGCAGUGCCAGGAUGUGAAAGUGCGUCUGUUCAAGAAUGUCACCUAUCGCGGCAAAGCUGGUGAUAAGGAGCAGCUUAAAGCUACAGAGGCGCGCAUAGCCGAUAAACACUGUGGUGAGGUGGACAAACAUAAUAAGGCGCAAUUUGAUGACUACCUACUGGUCCCACCCACAACACCAACAACACUGAGCGACCGAGAUCCUAUUCGGGUUAGCUACACGCUUCGUUUCAUAGCCAAAACAUUCCGUUUGCAUGGCGGCGGGGAUUUGGUGGUAGAGUUUCCACUGGUCAUUGGCACAGUGCCAUUGCUGGGCAGCGCUGACGAUAAGGGUCCCGGGCAGAAGCUGCAGGCACCGAGCACAAAUGGCAGCUAUCAAGCUUUGCCUCCACCGAAUUUUCAAGAGGAUGUGUGCACUGAACACUUUGAGUCCAACACGUUUAAGCCACGUUAUCCGGUUUACUUGUUUAAUGGCCAGCCUGUAAGCGCCAAUGGUGCCAAAUCACCUGUACCCAGUCUUUAUCCGAAAGCCGAGGACACAUCGCCAGCAGCUCCAGUGCAUUACACACCAAAUCCAAUUUCGCCAGUAGCAAAACCGACGACUGUUCCAGCUCACAAGACGCCACCGUAUCCUGUGCAAACGCACGCAGCUGUACCUGCUGGUGGAAACAGUUUUGAAGUGCUCGGCUUUAGCAUACCCCCGGGCUAUCAGCCCUCGCCGAGUGCACCUUCUGAUGCCUCUGGCAAUAUAGGCUGGAAAUAGUUAUA